CCAUGGACAAAUGAUGUGAAGCCUCUCAGUGAGGCUCUACUCUCUCCCUCUCCCCAUGCCUCUCCCUGUGCCUCUCUCCUCCUCUCUGUUUCUCUCUCCUUUGCUUUCUAUCUUGAGUUGCUGCAGCUGAAGCAAAUUGGCUACCCUCUGUCUAUCUCUCUUUCUGUCUCUCUCAGCAGAGAUGUAGCCCUCUCCCUCUCAAACUUUCAUUCCUCUUUGCUGAUGAAGUGCUGAAGCCCUGACUGAUCUCCAUCUUCUCCCAGUCCACUUCAGUCCUCUGCUACUUCAUGGAUCUCCUCAGUCCUGCUUUCUGACCUCCUGCAUUCUUUCUGCUGUAGCCUUUCUCCUCCUGCUUCUCCAAUCUGGACCAUGGCCAUGAAGGAGACGGUGCUGCCCAUCAGCGAGGUGUGCAGCCCCUUCCCAGAGGUGAUCGAGCUGAAUGUAGGUGGCCAAGUGUAUGUGACCAAGCGCACCACGCUGCUCAGCGUUCCCGACACCACGCUUCAUGCCAUGUUCGCACGGCGGGCACCUGGCGAGCUGCCCCGAGACAGCCGUGGCCGCUUCUUCAUCGACCGUGAUGGUUUCCUGUUCCGCUAUGUCCUGGACUUUCUUCGUGACCGGCACGUAGUUCUGCCUGAGCACUUCCCUGAGCGUGAACGCCUGCAGCGUGAGGCUGAGCACUUCCAGCUGAAUGAGCUGUUGAGGCUGCUGGGGCCACCACGUAUUGCCAAGCAGGGCUCUCUCAAUGAUGAGGGCUGCCACAGUGACAUCGAGGAGAGCUCUCAGAGCAGCGAGCUGCCUGGACGCACUCCAAGCCUGGAUAAAAGGUCAGGGUUCAUCACCCUUGGCUACCGUGGCUCCUAUACCACGGUGAGGGACAACCAAGCGGAUGCCAAGUUCCGGCGCGUGGCAAGGAUCAUGGUGUGUGGACGCAUCGCUCUGGCCAAAGAGGUGUUUGGUGAGAGUCUGAAUGAGAGCCGUGACCCAGACCGGCCACCCGAGAAGUACACUUCACGCUUCUACCUGAAGUUCACCUACCUAGAGCAGGCCUUCGACAGACUGAGCGAGGCCGGCUUUCACAUGGUGGCUUGCAAUUCCACAGGGACAUCUGCCUUUGUUAACCACUACAGAGACGAUAAGAUUUGGAGUAGCUACACUGAAUACAUCUUCUUCAGUUUCGGCAGGAAUAUUCUCUGCAUUAUAGGGCCUGCCUGUAGGACCGUGUCCCCGAGGACAGAGUGUGAGGAACCCAAGCCUGAGAAGCUAGCAGACAAGGGCAGUGAAAGUGGAGCUUCCUUGAAUGAAUUGUCCACCUCCAGCUCAGAGACCCACUCAGAGGCCACAUCACCCCAGGAUGGAGGCUCCAUCUUGGUGCCUCGUGAGAAGGUAGUUGGAGGCUCCCUAGCACCUUGUGGAGCCCUGCAUUCAGUAUCUCGUCCCCCCAGUACCCUCACCCUCGGCAGGCCACCCAAGAAGGGUGCCUCCGUGCAGUGGAUGGAGCUUCCAGAUAAAAGGCGCAACAGCGAGCUCUUCCAAUCGUUGACCAGUGGUGUGGGGCUACGUGAGAGUGGACUCGUGCGCAGAAAGACUCUGGAAAGACCCAACGUUCAAGAGGAGAUGAAGCAGUGCAUUCGGGAUUUCCGCAAGAUCAGGAUUCCUCAGGCAUUCCCAGAACGGAAGUGCCAGUGGCAGUCAGAAUUGCUCCAGAAAUAUGGGCUCUAGAAACGCACUUAGUCAGGAAUUCUGUGGUGUAGUUUUUUUUUUUUCUGAUUUUCUGUUUUUAGUUUUAAUUUAUUUUUAAAUGGGUUAUUUAAAAAGUGCAAGGAAGGCAACAAGGCUGUUCAAAUGGCUGUAAUCUUGGAUGAAAGUGGGUAAAAAAUAUUUGAACUAUAUUGUAGCCUUAUGUUCAAACUUAAAGCAAAAAAGGAAAAUGAAUCAAGCAUCCUCAGCAGAAUGAAAAACUAUUGACGGGGAGGACUGUUUUUUCCUCAACAGCCCAUUUAGCAGACACUGUUGCUAGUAAAUCAGUCAAACUGAAAACACAUUAAAUACUCUCUUGUUAUGUUGCUUUGUCUAUAGAAAAUAUUUGAGCACUCGCAUCAAUACAGAGGUUAUGUCUUGUAUAUGUCUUGUACAGUUCCAUUGUGCAAAUGUGGGCAUUUUAUACCUCACAAUGAUUUCCAAAUUUUUACUGAGUAUCAUGAAGCCAGCAUGGGAUGAAUACAUAAAGUUAAUGACAUUUCUCUCAAAUACAUAAAAUUCACAUGUUACAUACUGCAGUGAUUUUAAUGUUGAAUGAUUUAAUGAACUGCUAUGAGUGGAUGUAUACUGGAUGGUAUCUAAAAGCUAUGGUCCAUAUGGCUCACUGUUUAAUAUGUGGUUUUAGUUUGUAAAGUGGUCUGUGCAUAACAAUGUUUGUGUAUAUUUCUAAAGGAAUAACUUCAGACAAGUAUUAGUAAAAUACAGCAACUAUACAAAAUGUUAGUUUUAAUAAAGCACCACAAAGUCUUAAAUUUUAGGGCUUUUGAUAGAUGCCAAAUCACGUAACAGUAUGCUUACAGUACAAUUUACAAUAAAUGCUGGAUUGAGAUGCUGAAAUUUCUCUUUCCAGAGCACAGGUUUGAGAAGCACAAUGACACUGCUGUCUCUGUGAAGCCUUAGUUGCAGUGUUCCAGUAAGUUUCCAACAAGAGCUAGUGUUAGUCUAUUGUAACAUGUGAAAUACAAGCAAUGGAGAAUUUCUUCUGUAAUAAAAUGUGUUGUGUAAAUGGAAAGAGAAAAAUCAGUUUGUCUGCUUUGUGUAUGAUUUCUUAAAUGUGUGGUAAGUUAAAAUAAACAAGGGCUGAUUAAA